AUGAAGUCCAAUGCUGCCAUCCAAGCCGCCAUCGACCUGACAGCGGGCGCGGUCGGGGGCACGGCUUGUGUCCUGACCGGGCAGCCUUUCGACACAGUGAAAGUGAAGAUGCAGACGUUCCCCGGCCUGUACAAGGGCCUCGCCGACUGCUGCCUGAAAACGUACUCCCAAGUGGGCCUGCGGGGCUUCUACAAAGGAACCGGCCCUGCGCUGAUGGCCUACGUCGCCGAGAACUCUGUCCUCUUCAUGUGCUACGGCUUCUGCCAAGAGCUUGUGAGGAAAGUGGUUGGACUGGACACGCAGGCGAGGCUGAGUGAUCUGCAGAUGGCAGCUGCGGGUUCCUUCGCCUCCGCGUUUGCUGCGCUGGCCCUGUGCCCCACUGAGCUUGUCAAGUGCCGCCUGCAGACCAUGUACGAAAUGGAGAUGUCCGGGAAAAUAGCAAAAAGCCAAAAUACAAUCUGGUCCGUCGUGAAGAGUAUCCUUAGAAAGGAAGGCCCCUUGGGCUUCUACCAAGGACUCUCGAGCACUCUUCUUCAAGAAGUACCGGGCUAUUUCUUCUUCUUCGGUGGCUAUGAACUGAGUAGAUCAUUUUUUGCCUCAGGGAGAUCAAAAGAUGAACUAGGCCCUGUCCCUUUGAUGUUAAGUGGUGGAAUUGCUGGAAUUUGUCUUUGGCUUGUCAUCUACCCAGUGGAUUGUAUCAAAUCCAGAAUUCAGGUUCUUUCCAUGUCUGGAAAACAGGCUGGAUUUCUGGGAACUCUUAUAAGUAUUGUGAAAAAUGAAGGAACAGCAGCCUUAUAUUCUGGACUGACCGCUACUAUGAUUCGAGCAUUCCCUGCCAAUGGGUCACUAUUUUUGGCUUAUGAAUAUAGCAGGAGAAUGAUGAUGAGCCAGGUUGAAGCAUACUGA